AUGGCUGAAAUAAAAGUGAGAUCCCGAGAAGAGAUUUUGAAAGAGAAAACCGAAAGAGAAAGAUUCAUUGUUGGAUGCAGAAUGGAGAAAAUGCAGGAAGAGUAUGAAAAUGCUGUUAGAAACAAAAGAUGGGACAAGAACCGAGAAUGUUAUGUCAACAGAGAAGGUGAACCUGUUGUUCCCAGGAGAGAUAUAGUUCAUGAUGAUGUUCUUCUUGUAGUUCCUCGAUCCGACGAAUAUUAUUCCAAUGUUGUAAAAGACAAGACAUAUGUGAAAAGGCUGGAUAAAAUCAUCAGGGAUGCUAUGACAACAAAAUUGAGGAAGAGGAAUGAAGAAAGAAUGAAGAAGAACAUUGAGAAUCUGGUUGAUGAUUUGAAGAAAGCUGCUGAGGAGGUCAAGGUUGAAGAAAAAAUGAAAGAUGGAGUUGAGAAAGCUAAAGAGAAGGUUGUUGAGAAAGAAGCUGUUACUGAAAAACAGCAAGUUGAAGAAGUCAAGAAGGAGAAGGAAAGUUCGAUAGAAGUGAAGGUUGAAAGUUCAACAGAUGUUGCUGGUAAUGUUGUUGAUGAGAAACAGCAGAAAGAAGCUGAUCAGACAAAAACAGAAGCAAACACCAAGGUGCCGAUCACUGAGGUGCUCAAGAAAUCUGAAUGUCAACAAGAAGAAUGUCGGGGUAGCCUGGCACGCAAGGAGGAGGCUGCUGGUCCCUGCGACGGUUAA